AGCGAGCUGCGGAGAUUAGUCAAGAGUUUCACGCGCUGCCCUCCCGAGCGCGGAAAGACCACCGUCAGGACACCGUCACCUGCCAGGAGCUCCCGAGCCCGAGAGGAGAGAGAGAGAGAGAGGCAGGCGCCGGUAACGGAGGACCGUCUGGACCCGCGGCUCGUAGGCAGGAGCGAGCUUAACGCAGGGAGGGUGCCGGGGACAGGGGCCGAAGCGGCCGUCGCAUCGCUCCCCGACCGCCCCCGUCGAAGAGAUCCGGUCCCGAGCGAGAUCCUGACACUUCGAAAAUGAUGUAGGCCGCACAGCAUAUGUGUGCAUCCUGGAUGGAGUUGCACCUGGAUUUAACGCUUUUAUUUGGAAAAAAGGACAUUGUUGACAUAUGAUGAUCACAUUAGUUCCCAGAGACAUCUUUUGCCUAGGCGCUCCCCUUAAAAACAAGAAAAGAACCGUUCAGACAGGCCGUUGUUCAACAAGAACGAGAGGAAGACGAGCAGAGGAGAGGCUCUGAAUACAGCUGCAGAGAAUUACAUCCAAACUGAGGAAUUAUUACAACACUCGGACUGAACUCUGCUCUGUGGAUUUUUCUGUUAUCUUCUUUUUUUUUUUUUUUUUUAACCCAGCUCUGUUUUUAAGAAAGCGAGUCAUUCAUUGAAAGAGUCCCCACUGUUUUUAUUUGACAGUGAGAAUGUGUGACCUCGACAUCUGCCUUGGAGAUAAAAGACUUGGUACUUUUUCUUCUUUGUAAACCUUUUGGCCGCCAGGUUUGAGAAAAACUCUAGGAGUUGAAGGGAAUUUUUUUUUUUUCACUGGCAACUUGAACAGUCUCUUUCGUUUUCUGUUUUUGGCUCUCCAUUACCUCACUCUGUCUUUUCCUGAUAGCAUUUUGUUUCUCAUAAAAGGAAGGCAAGGACGUGACAGAGUGAAGUUUCUCUGCCCGAAUAGCAUUUGAAUUCCAGUUUGGCUUUCACAAGGGGACAAAUCCUCCUUUGUGUGUGCGACUGAGUGUGUGUGUUUGUGUAGCUCACUGUCCCUCUGCUAUACAUUAACGUGUAUCAGGGGACAUAACAGGCCCUGUGUGUCUCUUCUGGGAAAAUGGGAUCAGAAAAGGACUCGGAGUCACCUCACUCCUCAGUGAGCGGCGUCCCCAACCCUAAGUGCCGUGCGGCGGGCAAACGCCAGGGCCGCAUCUCCUUCCACAGCCUUUUCCACAGCAAACGGAGCUCUCGGGGCACCAGGGGCCCCAAAGGAGCAGCAGCAACCCCUUUAUCCCAUCAUCACCAACAUCACCACACACAACAACAGCUCCUGCCUUCUGCCCUGAGCUCAGCACCAGCCGCAGCCGCUGCUACUCCCGCAACUGCCACCACCACAGCCACUACAACCCCCCAGGACGCUGCCUCCGGCACCCCAUCGAAGCCGCUCUCCUCCAGCCAGCCGUCCCUGGGUGGAGCCCCUUCCUCUGGUGAGGAAAACCUCCUGGAGUGCCCCCUGUGCCUGGUGUGCCAGCCCGCCGACCAGCUCCCCGAGCUGCUGGGGUGCAGCCACCGCUCCUGCCUCUGCUGCCUGCGCCAGUACCUCCGCAUCGAAAUCACAGAGAGCCGAGUCCAGCUCAGCUGCCCCGAGUGUGCCGAGAGACUGGUCCCGCGACAGGUGGCGGACAUCUUGGAUGAUGCGGCACUGCUGGAGAAGUAUGAGGAGUUCCUGCUGCGGAGGUGCCUCGCCUCCGAUCCGGACUGCAGAUGGUGCCCAGCGCCUGACUGCGGGUUCGCCGUCAUCGCCUCGGGCUGUGCCAGCUGUCCCAGGCUGGUUUGUCGCAGAGAGGGCUGCGGUGCUGAGUUCUGCUACCACUGCAAACAGGCCUGGCACCCCAACCAGACCUGCGACUCUGCCCGCCAACAGAGGGCGCAAUCCCUGCACACCCACAGCAACCACUCGCCCAGCUACACACAGGAGCAGGGACCUGCUGAUGACAUAAAGCCCUGUCCUCGCUGUGGCGCCUACAUCAUCAAGAUGAAUGAUGGGAGCUGCAAUCACAUGACCUGCGCCGUAUGCGGCUGUGAGUUCUGCUGGCUCUGCAUGAAGGAGAUCUCCGACCUGCACUACCUCAGUCCAUCUGGCUGUACAUUCUGGGGGAAGAAGCCUUGGAGCAGGAAGAAGAAGAUUUUGUGGCAGCUGGGAACUCUGAUCGGAGCUCCAGUCGGCAUCACCCUCAUCGCCGGCAUCGCCGUUCCCGCCAUGGUCAUCGGCAUCCCUGUUUACGUUGGCCGCAAGAUCCACGCCCACUACGAGCUGAAGAAGACGUCCCGUCACAGACGGAACCUGGCCAUCACAGGAGGCGUGGCCCUGUCAAUCAUCACCGCCCCUGUCAUCGCAGCCGUCAGCGUGGGCAUCGGUGUGCCCAUCAUGUUGGCCUACGUGUACGGUGUGGUGCCCAUUUCUCUGUGUAGAGGAGGGGGCUGUGGUGUGAGCAGAGGGAAGGGCCGAGGCGUACGAAUUGACUUUGAUGAGGACGACGGACCAAUCACAGUGGCGGAUGCGUGGCGAGCGCUCAAAUCCCCGAGCCUCGGUGAGAGCAGUCUGGACGGGGCAGUCAGCGGUCUGAGCACCACCUCGCCCAGUGAGGGGCUCUCUCUGGCCCCUGGGACUCUGGGUGACACGCCACACUUCAACACCUUGGCAGGAGGGGCCCUGGGAACCCGCACCGGCAAAUACAGCAGGCUGGAGGUUCAAGCAGGGGAGUUGGCUAAAGAAUCGGCCCAGAGGGAGACCGGCAGCCUGGGAGCAGGGAGCGACUGUGCCAGCACCCGAGGAAUGGCCGGAUCCAUCAUCUCCUCCUACACGCUACCUGACAGGGAGUGCACCAACCUGGAGAUCCAGGUGGACAUCGAGACCAAACCCAGCCAUCUCUGCCUGACCAGCGAAGAGGACCUAACCCCGCCCCCGGGCUCGGCUGCCAUGGCGAACGCCUCGGGAGGGGAGGAGCCUCAGGACUGCAGCUCCAGAAGGGGCGGGGCUUUGUCGGGCUCGGCGCUGGGCCUGUCCCCCGGAGUAUCAAUCAGGGAGGGGCUCAGAGACGUCACCCUGGCUCAGCCGGAGAGCAUCCGCAGCGACCUGGAGAUGUCGGACACGCAAUCGGACGACAUCGCAGAGCUGACGUCUGACGACUGUGACUCGCCUCACCCGAAAGGCUGUCACCUGGCGGCCGGCCGGCAGCCCCAGCCCCCCUCCUGCCGAGCCCUGAACCCCUCCACCGAAGGCCUUCACUGUCCCGCAGACAGCAAUGUCAUCCUCUACGUCUGAGAGAACAGCAGCUCUCAGGAUUGCACAAAAAAACGAACUAAUCCCCCAACAUUUACAUUUAAACUCUCCCUUACUUCUUAGCUCUUUUGUUCCUGUUGUCAUUUCUCAUUUGCUGCUUUUGCGACUCACAGACACCGUCUUAAACACAGACAGCGUUUGUUUACUUUUGUCUGUCUGUCUUAUCUAUCUACCUGUCAAUCUCCUCACUGAGUAAAUUGUCAGGGUUCUACCUCUGAGAUUUAUAAGAUGAUGAUUUAUGUUUACUCCUUGGUGCAAAAUGCCUUGGCUACUUAAGCAAAAAAAAAGAAAAGAAAAGAAAAGAAAAAAAACAAGAGGUACAAAUUUUCCACAAGACAUUUUGCAAAUCUGAAAUUAUGAAACAAGGUGAAAUGUCACCAAGCACAGCAGAGGGAGAGGGAUUAUUGGGAUGUUAGGCGAAGACGAAGGGGAUGAUUCUAACAAUGUUUGAAUGAUUGUGGACUUUGUACUCAACUAUAGUGGCUUUAUUUUUCCUCUUUUCCUCUGUUUAUAUUCGGAUGACCUUGAAAUGGUAUCAUUUGCGUGCAUGAGUCUGCAUGAGCCAUGCCUUGUGUGAAAGAUUUAAAGAGAGUAACGCGUUUCUGUUGCACUGGGGAAAGUUAAAGUUUACUUAAAGAAAGAAGCUGCACUUGAAUCUCACUUUCCCUGCACAGAGGAGGAGGAGGUCGAGGAGGAGGACCGGGGGGGGGGGGGGUUGAAAAUGGGGACGAAAAGAUAAGCCCGGGCGUACUGAACUACAUAAAAUGAAUGAGCGAGCUCUGACAAUGACGAGGCCAGGCCAGAGGACGCCGCGGUGAAAUGCACUAAUAGAAACAAUUUUAUUCUGUUCCGUUCUAGUGUAGGAGCUUUCUCACACACCGGACAGUUUAGGGAAGCCCGUUAGAGAGAAACGGGUUUGUCCUGCCGUUUUGCACUGAGACCUACAACAAACAGACAUUUAUCAUUCAGUAAUGAUGUUAAUCUCAAAAAUGCGGGAAACGAAAAGUCCUGCUAGUUUUCACGCCAUUUGUAGCUAAAUGGGAAACUGUUUGGGACUUUCCUUAGUCCUCAAUUAUUUGAAGUAACGCGCUUGGGGACCGACUUGAGACAGUUUUGUAGGAGCCGUGUGAGCGUGGAAAGCAACAGAGUCACGCCAUAAAUAGUUACAUCAAAGGCAAUGCAACUUCCGACUUAGGUUUAGAUUCACAUGUGUUGCCUCGAGGACAUGUUAACAUGGAAUACAACACGUACAGGACAAUAAUGACAAGACAGUGGCACUUGACUGAAAUAAAAUGCAACAUCAGUGACUCUAGUAAAAGUAAAAUAUUCCCUGAAAAGGCGCCUGAUUUAUAACUUUUUGCUAAUGCGAAUGUAAUAACAAACGUAAACACAGAUGGACAGUUUAGGUGGUACUUUGCCUCUGUUUUCUACAUUUUAUUAUGCCUUCCUUUUUACAUUCAAAUGCAACUUGGCAGCCGUCUCUCAGCGUUUCUCUGUUUGUUUGCGUCAACGUUGACGGGACAAACCACUUUUGAAAUGUUCAGCUUGACAGCUCGUCCUUGACCCGGGAAACAGUAUUUUGACAAAAAAAUGCAGCCUAACUCAAGGUCCACUUGCUGGCUUUUUUUUUUUUCCGGAGUUUUGAACCGCGUCUUACCGUCUUCCUCAGCGGAUGAGCGCUGUCAGUAUAACAACCGGGCCAACUAUGUCCACUGAGGAAGACAUUGAGAUGUGAUUGAAAGCUCUCGAAAAAGCUGGUGAGUGGACCUUGAGUUAAGAUUUUUUUUUUUUUUUUGGUAAAAUUUUUACAACGAUUUUUGUAACAGAACGGGUUAUAAGCUGUAAUUCAUUGCAGUCUAUGCUACAUAAAAACAUUGUAACUAACGAUUUAUUUCAAUAUUGAUUAAUUUGCUAAUUAUUUUCUCUAUUAAACAAUAAUCAUUUUUUCUAUAAAAUGUCAGAAAAUAAUGAAAAAUACUCCGAAAACCUAUUCAGAUUGCUUGACAACUGUCCAGAAUCCAAAGAUAAUCAGUUUAUUAUAAUAUAAGACAAAGAACAAAUCCUCACACUGGAAAAAACUGGAACCACAGAACGGUGGUUGCUGAUUCAUUUUUUUUUCUUUCCAGUCGACUAGUCCAUAAACCCACCAAGUGUUUCGGUUGUAAUGUUUGUGGCCACGUUUGAAAAGUGGUCCCCGAAGUUCUGAAAGAAUAUUUUCCUCGGGUGGGGACUUAGCCGCCGCUGCUCACUCAGACAGUUCUUAAAGCUCUGCACACAUGGUGGCCCGUCGUUGUCAGACCUCUCUCCCGCUGCGUGGUUCAGGUGUGUGUCACGUGACCGCACCGGUGUUUUGACAGUUUGGCUGCGUGCCGGCCUUGUAGACACCGGCUGACCAACCACACAACACACGCCGGACUGGUUUCGGUUUCUGACGUGUGAACUGGUUGUCUGACCCACUUGAAUGUUGCGCCUGUGUGUGUGUGUGUGUGUGUGUGUGUGUGUGUGUGUGUGUGUGUGUGCGCGCGCGUGUGUAUGUGUGUGUGCGUGUGUGCGAAUGAAUGGACUCCUGAUGAAUGUAUUCAUUUGUCCCACUUUGUUUUUUGAAUGAGCACUUGUGCACUUUAUCUGAAUUUAACUCGUUUAACUUGUUUUGCUGUUCACCAUCUGUUGCUAUAAGUCAGUUUACUUCACUUGCAUACAAAAGUCUGUGGUACAACCAAAACAAAUCACCUACCAGAAGGCCUUUUAUGUCGGAUGUUACUUGAGAAGAGUUUUGGCUGAAAAACAUUAUAUAACCAUUUUUGAGAAUAAAUGCUUUGUCAAGUUUAUCAAUCGGUAUUUUUAACUUAAAGGGUGUCCAAGGUUUCUAUCAAUUUUGUGAUGCACUAUAAUGAUCUUUUUUUUUUUUAUAUUUUCUUCUAUUAAUUUAUGUCGUAUUAAUCAUCUUUCGUCGGUCAGUGUCACUUUUGGACAUUUCAUUUCAGAGCCAAACAUUUCAAUUAUUGAUGCCAAUAAGCUCUUCUCAAUCAUACUCACUAGCCAGACUUGUUUCUUAGCUUUGUAUCACCUCUGUGCUUCUGUUUCAAAAGGUUUUCUACCAGGUUUUCCUUCCUUCAACCCACAAGGAAUCGACCUGGGGACCUUUUUCCAUCUCAGAGUAGCUUUAUGGAUUUAGCUGCUUAUGUAACUUAGGAGUGCUUUGUUUGGUCUGCACUUAUCACUUGUUUCUGCCUGGCUGCCUGUGAGAAAACACACGAAUGUACCGUGGACGGAAACCCAAACUUCCUGCAAGAGUCUGAAUGAGCGUUAAUGGAAAUGUCAUAUUACAAACACAGGUGUUCCCGUCUUUAUUUGAAAAGGUUUUAGAGUAUAUAGAUAGCAAUAUUUAAGUGUUAUUAUACUGUUUGUGUAUUUCCUGUUACUGUUAAAGCUCUGCCUUGUGUGGGGUUGUACAUGCAGGACUGUGAGAGCCAACUUGUGGACUUUUGAGGGGAAAAAAUAA